AUGAAACCUCACCUUAAAUUAGUUCAGGGCCCGUUGGAAGAACAGGAGUUACAAGACGAUAAUAGCAAAACGCGACUCGAAAUUGCAACUUUGCUGACUCAGCAGAAGCACCCACCUGAAGCAACGAGUUUUUGUAAAAAUGUUGAUCUGGAGGAACAGCUGAAGACGAAAGAGGAUAUUUUCGAUAAAAAAUCGCAAUUUGAAGCAUUGGAUGUGCUCUGUGUUUCUCGUAGUCAAAAGGCUAGUAAGUAUAUUAAUAAAGUUGGUUCACGUCUACAAAUACAAGCUGAGGUGGCAAGAGAGAAGAAUAUUGACACCAACUCACAGGAAUUUAAACGCGCUGUUGAAAAUCUCAUCCAUCAUCACGACAUCAGCACAUUGUGUUUAUAUCUGCAGUCAAAAUUAAAGGAAUGGAUUACCGCUUAUCUUGCCGAAAUUGCUGGAUAUUCAGCUGAAGCAGUUCCAACUUACUUGGAACAAUUAGGACCAUUAGACUAUCAACAACAACAAAUGUUCUUAAAUCUUUUAGCGGAUAAAGAGGAAACCUUUACGAUGACAGAGAAUUGGUCACGAAAUGAUAGAGUAUUAAUAAAGACUUGCUAUUUUGCAAAGGACAACGAUACCAUGGAAGUUGACUCACUUGCGGAAAAAGUUGAAACAACCGCUUCACCUCCAAAAGACAUCACUAUGAACGUUGACAGUCCAUCAGACGUGUCAGAAAACAUCCUUGACAACACUUCUGUUCCGGCGAACAACGUCGAAUCAAUGCCAGAAAGUGAUGUGCGUCAAUUAAAGUGUGGUAACGGUGGACAAUUCGAUAAGGGCAAGACUAUGGAGCAGAUUUUUAAUGAUGGCUGUGAACAACUUCUUCGGUGGGUUCAAGAAAAUUAUCAUGGUUGUUCCGAAUUUUCUGAUCAGUUCGAAUCUGGUCAGUAUUCAGGUUUAUUGUCUCUUUUCGUCACUCCGGACAAUAAUUUAAAGACACGAAUCGUAGCUCAGGCGAUU